AUGGCUGAACUUUUACCUAGGCUUCAAGAAUUUUAUCAUCAAGACCUAGGCUACAUCUCUAGACGAACUGUCCUGUAUAUUUUAGGUCAUCUACCACUAGACCCUGACCAGUUAAUCCCAAUUUUCACAGAAGCUUCCCAAGACAGAGUCCCAAAUAUUCGCCUCAUUCUGUGCAAAUCCCUCAACAGGCUGCGCUCCAAAAUGGACAUCUCCCCCUUCACACCAAUUCUCCAAGUGCUUUCAGAUGACCCUGACAAUGAUGUCAAAUAUUUUGCUUUGCAAGCCCUUGAUUAA